AUGCUGAGCCUCCUUGUCUGGCUCCUCACUCUCUCCGACACUUUCUCCCAAGGAACCCAGACCCGAUUUAGCCAGGAACCAUCUGACCAGACUGUUGUGGCUGGGCAGCGGGCUGUGCUUUCCUGUGUGCUGCUCAACUACUCUGGCAUCGUGCAAUGGACCAAGGAUGGACUGGCUCUGGGCAUGGGCCAGGGCCUCAAAGCAUGGCCACGAUACCGGAUUGUGGGGUCCGCAGAAGCUGGGCAAUACAACUUGGAGAUUACAGAUGCCGAGCUUUCCGAUGAUGCUUCCUACGAGUGCCAGGCUACUGAAGCCGCCCUGCGCUCCCGAAAGGCAAAACUCACUGUGCUGAUCCCCCCAGAAGACCCUACAAUUGAUGGGGGUCCUGUCAUCCUGCUCCGGGCAGGGACGCCCUACAACUUGACAUGCCGAGCUUGCAGUGCCAAACCUGCUGCCACCAUUGUUUGGUUCCGGGAUGGGACGCAGCAGGAGGGGGCUAUGACCACAACGGAGGUGCUGAAAGACGGAAAGAGAGAGACCACAAUCAGCCAGCUACUCAUCUACCCCACCGACUUAGACAUCGGCCGUGUCUUCACCUGCCGAAGCACCAACGAAGCCAUCCCUGGUGGAAAGGAGACCUCUAUCGAGCUCAACGUACAUCAUCCACCCACUGUGACCCUGUCCAUCCAACCCCAAACUGUGCAGGAAGGGGAGAGAGUUGUCUUCACCUGCCAGGCCACAGCUAACCCUGAAAUCCAGGGCUACAGAUGGGCCAAGGGUGGGAUUCUGAUUGAAGAUGCUCAUGAGAGUCGCUAUGAGACAAAAGUUGAUUAUUCCUUUUUUACGGAGCCCGUGUCCUGCGAGGUCCACAAUGAUGUUGGCAGCACCAAUGUCAGCACACUGGUGGAUGUUCACUUUGCCCCCCGAAUUGUGGUUGACCCUAAACCCACGACCACAGACAUCGGCUCUGAUGUCACCAUCACAUGCGUCUGGGCUGGCAAUCCUCCGCUCACCCUCACCUGGACCAAGAAGGACUCCAAUAUGGUCCUAAGCAACAGUAACCAGCUUUACCUGAAGUCAGUAACACAGGCAGAUGCAGGCAUCUAUACCUGCAGGGCCAUUGUGCCUCGGAUUGGUGUGGCUGAAAGAGAAGUGGCACUGUUUGUAAAUGGACCCCCCAUCAUCUCCAGUGAGGCUGUGCAAUAUGCUGUGCGUGGAGAUGGGGGCAAAGUGGAAUGUUUCAUCGGGAGCACACCACCCCCUGACCGAAUUGCAUGGGCCUGGAAGGAGAACUUCCUGGAGGUGGGGACACUGGAGAGGUACACUGUGGAGAGGACCAACUCGGGUAGUGGGGUACUUUCCACCCUGACCAUCAACAACGUUAUGGAGGCUGACUUCCAGACCCACUACAACUGCACAGCCUGGAAUAGCUUUGGGCCAGGCACAGCCAUUAUCACGCUGGAGGAGAAAGAAGUCCUCCCCGUGGGCAUCAUUGCUGGUGCUACAAUUGGCGCAGGAAUCCUCCUCAUCCUCUUCUUUACUGCCCUCGUCUUCUUCCUCUACAGGCGCCGAAAAGGAAGCCGAAAGGAUGUGACUCUGAGGAAGCUGGACAUCAAGGUGGAAACAGUGAACCGAGAGCCACUCACCCUACACCCAGACCGAGAGGACGAUACCGCCAGCGUGUCUACCGCCACCAGAGUCAUGAAGGCUAUCUAUUCGUCAUUUAAGGAUGAUGUGGAUCUGAAACAGGACCUUCGCUGCGACACCAUUGACACCCGAGAAGAGUAUGAGAUGAAGGACCCCACCAAUGGCUACUACAACGUCCGAGCGCAUGAAGACCGCCCCUCUUCUCGGGCUGUCCUCUACGCUGACUACCGUGCUCCAGGCCCUGCCCGCUUCGAUGCCCGCCCCUCCUCCCGUCUCUCCCAUGCCAGCGGCUAUGCCCAACUCAGCACCUACAGCCGGGGUCCUGCCCCUGACUAUGGCCCCGAACCCCCCGCCCCAGGCCCUCCACCCCCUGGCGGUGGCGAGCAAGCCAGCCAGCUCUCCUAUGAGAACUACGAGAAAUUUGGUCCCCACCCCUUCCCCGGGGCAGCCAACUACCCCACUUACCGGCUCGGCUACCCCCAGCCUCCUCCCCCAGGGUUGGAGCGGACCCCCUAUGAGGCUUAUGACCCCAUAGGCAAGUAUGCCACCGCUACUCGCUUCUCCUACACGUCCCAACACUCAGACUACGGCCAGAGGUUCCAGCAGAGGAUGCAGACUCAUGUGUAGGGAGCCUGGGGUGGGCGUCUCUGCGGGGCAGAGGAGAAGGCUCUCUUGACUGUUCCCUGAUAUUCAGGGGCUUUGCCAUUUG